CCAUCUACAUAUGGAUUUUUCCAGCCUGUAGACCUUACCUUACACAUUAGCUGUGUGUAGGGAACUGUGUCAAACUUUUGCAAAAUCCAAGUAUGCCACGUCCACCGUCACCCCUCUGUCCAAGUACACCACGUCCACCGCCACCCCUCUGUCCAAGUACACCACGUCCACCGCCACCCCUCUGUCCAAGUACACCACGUUCACCGCCACCCCUCUGUCCAAGUACACCACGUCACCGCCACCCCUCUGUCCAAGUACACCACGUCCACCGUCACCCCUCUGUCCAAGUACACCACGUCCACCGCACA